CUGCUGUUACCCAGGGUGAGCUAUCUGCCUCUGGUUACAGACAAGGUGAAGAAGCACUUCCUCAAAGUGAUGAAGGCCGAGGACGUGGAGGAGAUGUGGUUGGAGUAUGAAGGGACGCCACUGAAAUGGCACUAUCCAAUUGGAGUUCUGUUUGACCUCCAUGCCUCUAACACGGUCUUACCCUGGAGCAUCACUGUGCACUUUAAGAAUUUUCCAGAUCGUGACCUGCUCCACUGCACGUCAAACUCUGUGAUCGAGGCUCACUUCAUGUCCAGCAUCAAGGAGGCCGACGCCCUCAAGCACAAGAGCCAAGUCGUCAACGACAUGCAGAAGAAAGACCACAAACAGCUGUGGAUGGGCCUGCAGAACGAUAAGUUUGACCAGUUCUGGGCCAUUAACAGGAAACUGAUGGAAUAUCCUACCGAGGAGGGAGGCUUCAGAUACAUCCCCUUCAGGAUAUACCAGACGAUGAGCGACAGGCCAUUCAUCCAGAAACUGUUUCGGCCCAUUUCCUCUGAAGGCAACGUGCACACACUUGGCGACCUGCUGAAAGAGAUGUGCCCAGCUGCUUUACCAAACGACGGUGAGCAGAAGCGAUACCAGGUGGUGAUCCACGGCAUCGAGCCUCUGCUGGAGACUCCUCUGCAGUGGCUCAGCGAACACCUCAGCCACCCCGACAACUUCCUGCACAUCUGUGUCAUCCCAACUCCCACCGACUGAUGCCACGCCCACCACACCUCACUGUCACCGUGACAACCGACCAACCAGCCGACUCGCCAGCUGGCUGGGUAACUGCUGAAAUGGUAGCGCUUAGCUGGUGGAAACUCUGAACUAACAGACUCUUUAAUGAGAAGGAGAUGAUAAUCUUAAAUUGAUAAAGAUGAACAAAGGAUGUGAAGGAGGUAUUUAACGAACCUCCUGUUCCAUCUUCUUGUCUAUUUAUAUUUCUACACCUACCACUACGCCUCUGUUCCUCUCAGAAAAACUUGUUCUAAGGAUGCAAGGAUGGAACGUUUCUUUCGGUGAAGAGGCGGUUGAAUGAGCAGAUGAUCUCUCCUUUUUCUACUCUAUCUCGCACCUUCUCCUCCUCCUCCUCUUCCUCUUCUCCGAACAAACAAACAUCUCCAUGAGAGGAGAGGAGGUGAAAGGAUCCACCGUUUUACCAUCCUGCCACACAUCUUCCUCCUCGUCUUGUCCGAGACAAAGACUGUCCUGUCGACAGGGAGACAGGAUCGUUUGGGAUUUGGGCAGAGGCGUAUCCAGUCCUGCUGAAGUGGCCUUAGUUACCACGUUUUCAUCAUCGUCCUGAUUGUCCUGCAAAAACGUCUGGACACACAAAGAGUUUACAUCACAGCCUGCAAACGUUAUCGUCUUCUCCAGGAACUUCUGGUGGUUUGCUUUUGUCUUUUUUUACAGAGGAUUUUCUGUUGGUUAGGCUGCUUGCAUUAACAUCUAACACAUUUCUCUCCACUGAUCCCAACACACUUUGGACUGAGUGUCUGGUGUGAAAUGACAUAUUCCACCCAAGUCUGCACUUUGUUUUUAACUUGUUUUGUUGUUUUACUAUUUUGGCAGAAGACAGAUGGAGAUACGGGAUUUUCACAGGGUAUUUUUGUGAGAGCUGUUUAUGAAGCUAAAGCAUUUUGUUCAAGGUUCAUGUGCAAGAACUCCACACGUUUUCAAUAAGCAGGUGAUAAAUUUCUCUCCAUCAAUACAACACAGCUGUUUUACUGUGCGUUUUCAUCAGAUUUGACUCGAGUCUCUUUGUCUGCAGCCAAAGUGAAAUGAGCAUCUGGUUUUGUUUCAUUUCAAGAACUCUUGGAUAAUGAGACAACAGGUACGAUUAGCAUCAAGUCUGUCCACUGUAGACGGGCACAGUUGUUUGACAUGUCCCACAUAAGCAUUCAUUAUCAAAUUUUAGUUGUGACAGAAGACUAACUUUAGUUGACCGCUGCCCAGAUCGGCCGGAUAUUGAGACCAUAACUAUUUAACCGCUGUUUUUUUUCUUUUUUAGCAUUGUGUAUCAGCAUCGUCUUCUUUUUUUACAUCUGUUCAUACUGAAAUAAAAUUACUCUUAAAUCGUUCAGCUGACACUGUUAUCCCAAAUGACUUCAAAUAAAAGUGAGUUGAUUCAAA